CAUGAAGUCUACCUCAAUCAUCGCACUGGCAUUGUCUGCCGUGACUGGACUGGUCUGCCUGACGUUUUGCAGUGGAAGUCAAUCAUGGCCAGAGCUCAAUCCUGACCUUCAGCAGUACCAGGAUUUAACAAAGUGCUUUCCGCUUCAAGAGAGUUGGCACACAAUCUACAGAAAUUAUGAGUCUGACCCAGCCUUUGGUGGAACAACCAAGUGUGUCAAAUACACGGAAAACGGACCACCCGUAAAUGGCGCCUAUCCUCUUCGUUUUGAUUUCGGAAGCCAGUCUGCUACGGCAAGCGGGAGCCUUGAGUCGUCUCCCGGAUACACGGGCAAAAAUAUCUUGAACCUUACUCCUACAGGUGGAAGUACCACGGUGGAGGUAUACGCCGCAUAUGUGGAGUGCGCGCAGUGCGUCGUAUUUAGGAACACCUACGUCAGCGAUGCAGCCUGUACUCUACUUGUGCCUGAAUCUGAAUUGAACAAGAACAUAACCUGCUGUGAUUUUAUUUUUGACCUUCUUUGCGGCACAACGCAGAAGUACUACAUCUACGAUGCGAGUUGCUAG